AUGCUGCCGACACAGAUUUCCCUGAACAACCUACGCAGUGGCUCCAACCGUCAGCCUGGCACAAACACAGCCCGUGGCCCGCCUACAGCCCUACUUCCUGCCACAGUUCAGGUCGGUCCAAACGGGGAAAAGCAUUUAGUUAUUCAGUACUCCGACGGACAGAUCUUCGCGGCCGCCUUCCCUCAACAGGGUCACCUCCAUUUUCUGCCCGUGUCUCGC